GGUUGAAAAGCAGUGCGAGGUGGAGGUCCUAAAAGAGUCCCAAAGAGAGUUACAGUGGGUCCAAAAACAGCUGUCAGUCAUCUCUAACAGAACCAAUGGCCCAGGCAAGACCAAGGAUAGGAAACUGAGGAAUGAGGUGUUUCCAUUGCAUUUAUCCAAGUUAUCGCCUCAGCAUGUGGAUGCGUUCCGGCUGCUAGAGGACAGGAAACACAAACUCUCACCCGAGACCGCCGCUCUCUACCUGCUUCGACAACAGCACAAGCUAUUGGAGACUGAGAUCAGCAGGAAGAAAAAGGAGUGUGAAGUCCUUGAGGAGGAGGUGAAGAAAAAGAGCCAGUCAUGUCAAACUCUGGAGAGUGAGCUUCAGCAUGUUCUGCAGGAGAAAGCACGUCUGAAUCUCCGCUUGUUCAACGAUUUCCAGAAGGCAGCAAAGUAUGAGCAGGUGAAAAGUGAGUAUGAACAGCUGCAGGAGGCUCUGUACACUGUGACAGUGGAGAGAGAUUGUGCUCUGUUGGAGAAGACUGAGCUCCAAGGCAAACUGGAGAACCUAGAGCAGGUGCUGAAGCAUAUGCGAGAGGCUGCAGAGAGGAGGCAGCAACUAGAAUUAGAGCAUGAACAAGCCUUGGCCGUCCUCAAUGCUAAGCAGCAGGAGAUUGACCUUCUGCAGAAGGCUCAGGUUGAGGCUAAAAAGGACCAUGAAGGUGCCGUUCAUCUGUUAGAGAAUCACUUGGACAGCAUGCAGGCUAAAGUGAGAGAACUGGAGGAAAAAUGCCGGUCACAGAGUGAGCAGUUUAACCUGCUGUCAAAAGAGUUGGAGAAGUUCAGGUUGCAGGCUGGGAAGUUAGACAUCCUGAGCAGCGGUCAGCUGACAGGGGGCGACUCGCCCGGCUCACCCUCCAAACCCCUCACCCUCUCCCAGCUUCUCAACGGCCUCACUGCCCCCUCUGGGAAAGGUAACGAGAAUUCAAUGAGUAAGAUCUCAGAGCUCAUUCGGCCUCUACAGAUGACUGAGGGGGAGAAGGCAGAGCUCCUGUCUGUCAAACCCACCUUCCUGUCACGCAGCACACCCUCCAGCCCACGGCGAGCCUUCCUCUCAGAGGUGCGGCCCGUCAUCUCCACUGCUAUGGACAAAGAGCUCAGCUCAUCUCCCAGGUCUAAGUCCAGAUUCACAGGCAAAGUGCGACUGUGUGUUGCCCGCUACAAUUAUAACCCUUAUGAUGGCCCCAAUGAGCAUCCUGAGGCAGAGCUUCCCCUGGUGGCUGGGAAGUACCUGUAUGUUUAUGGGACAAUGGAUGAGGACUGCUUCUAUGAGGGUGAGCUGUUGGAUGGACAGCAGGGUCUGGUUCCCUCCAACUUUGUGGACUUUGUCCAGGAUGAGGAGCUCCCGUCAGUUUCUCUUUUGGACCGCAUCAAGGAACCGUCCUACCUCAACCACAGCCCCGCCUCCAUGCCCAGCAGUGCCGUCAGUACACUCAGCACGCUGCUCUCAGAGAAGCUGGACACCCUGGGCUCAGGUACCGGGACGGGCACCAGCAGUAGCAGUGGGGUGAGCAGCUUGGGCAUGAGCAUGAGCAUGGGUCUGGGUGUGGACUUUCUCGGACCCUGCAGCAAUGGCACAGGAACGCUGGACAUGAACAUUGAUGAGAUCGGAGAAGACAUUGUGCCUUACCCCCGCCGCAUUACCUUGAUCAAGCAGCUGGCCAAGAGCAUUAUCAUAAGCUGGGACCCUCCAGUGGUGCUGCCCGGGUGGACGGCCAUCAGCGGCUACAAUGUGCUGGUGGAUCAGGAGGUACGCAUGAGCGUGCCCUUUGGCGGCCGCACCAAGUCUUUGAUCGAGAAGCUAAACCUGGCCUCUUGUACGCACCGCAUCUCCAUCCAGAGCAUGACGGAGCGGGGGCUCUCAGAUCCGCUGCGCUGCACACUGCUGGUGGGGAAAGAUGUGGUGGUGGCACCCUAUUACCUUCGUGUGGAGAACAUCACGCAAGUAUCGGCUGAGCUCACCUGGAUGCCAAGCAACAGCAACUACAGCCACAUGAUUUUCCUGAAUGACCAGGAAUAUGAUGUUGUGAAGCCUGGAGGGUACAAAUACCAAUUCUAUAACUUGAAGCCUAUGACAGUGUAUAAGUUACGGGUUGUGGCCCGGCCCCAUCAGAUGCCCUGGCAGCUUCCCCUUGAGCAGAGGGAGAAGAAGGAGGUCUCAGUGGAGUUCUGCACUCAGCCAGCCGGUCCUCCUUUACCUCCUCAGGAUGUGCAAGUUCAGAUGGGACAGACACCUGGAGUCUUGCAGAUCUGUUGGAAGCCUCCUUCUCUCACUCCUACGGGCACUUCCAAUGGAGCCAGUGUAAUCGGAUACAUGGUUUGCACUAAAGGUCAAAAGAUAGCAGAGAUAAUGUACCCCACAGCAGAUUUCGUUACGGUGGAACUGAACCGUAUCCAGUGUCUGGAAGCGCGGGAGGUCAUUGUGAGGACAAUAUCAGCACAAGGAGAGUCGCAGGACUCUCCCGUGGCCACCAUUCCGCACAGCCUCCUGGUGCCUCACUCCCACGGACACCCCCCACCCCCCCAUCCGCCUCCCUAUCCUCAAGCCUACCCCCCAACCCAUCCACAACCGCAUGUUCAGCCCCACUCCAUCCCGCCACCCCACCCUCAUCCACCACCCUCACACCCCAAUGUUCACCCCUCACCCUCCCACUACCCCAUGUCCAAACCCAAACUCCUACCAAGUGCCAGAGACCCCCAUGCCAAAGAGCCAGAGAUGGGCGGGCGAAUGGGGCAGCCCUGGGAGCCUUAUCCUCGGGCCCCGUCACCCCUUCCGCCCCCUUCACACCGGGGACACACACUGGAGCCCCCUCACAUAGAGGGCCGGCGCUCACCCUCCCCUCAGAGGAUCUUGCCUCAACCUCAGGGAGUGCCCAUUCCCAACACAGUGGCUCGUGCUAUAGCCCGCCAGGCGGCGCAGAGGGGUGCUCCAAACAGCAGGGUGGAGAGGAGGAACAUCUUCAGCGAGAGGGGUAAUGCUCUGCAUUCAUUAAAUUCAGAUGAGGAGGAGGAUGGGUACGAUUCCCCUCAUGCCAGACGAAGAGGUGCUUCUGUGGAUGAGUUUCUCAGAGGUUCUGAGCUGGGCAGACAGCAUCAUCAAUACAACCACAGUGAUGAGUACUACACUGAGAGCAGUCGGGGCUCCGAUCUGUCAGACAUCAUCGAGGAGGAUGAGGAGGAGCUGUACUCGGAUAUGCAGCUGGAAGAAGGACGUCGCCGCAGCAUCAACUCGCACAACACAUUAAAGGCAUAUUAUAGGCGUCAGGACCUAGCAGUGGACCGGGACAGUUGGGACCUGCAGCGGGAGGUGGUACGACAGCGUUCCUUGCGCUCCCACAAGCGGCUACACAGCAUCCCGGAAGUUGCAGAGGAGGAACAGGACACUGGGGUGGAGGUCCUGGGUCAGCGGCUGCGUUUUGAGGAGGCUUGUCCGGGCACUCCUUGCAGGAACCCACAGCCCUACCACCAGAACUCACGGCAGCCAAACCACCUCUCCCCGAGCAAGAGUGUCCGCAGACUGCAGAGGCAGCGCUCCUCUCCACGCUACAGCUCCAUAGAGGACCGACCACCAUGCUGGAGCAGUAGCAGGCAGACCACCAAGAGCCCGGACAGCGGACUAGACUGCGGGAGCGAGGAGGAGGGCUCGCUUGGCUACCGUGGAAGUUACCACUUGUACACAGGGGGCAGCCCGCUUCGGGUGGGUUCUGGCCCCAACAUGCGGAUGAUCCACAGUGAGGGGCCUGUGGAGAGGCAUGCUCUGGCUGCUGGCAGGAAAAGGACACUGACCCGGCAGUGUAGCAUGGAGGAGGACUGCCUGGAUACCAUUCCAGAGACAAGGAGCAUGCGGGAGUCAUAUCACCAUUAUCACUAUCAUCCACACCUUCACCAUCCCCAACGCAGGUUCCGGAGCGAGGGCAGGCUGAGCGAGGUUGGCAGGACCUAUCACACGGACAUUAGGGCAUACUCUGUGGCCAGACUCAACAGGGCAAUGGAUGAACCCCUGAUUUUAGGGAGCUCUCCCUCAACAGGACGCUCGGAUCGACUGGACCAUUCCGGCCAUAGGAUGAGUCGCAGCUGUCCAGCCGCUCAGAGAAGACCAAUGACAGUCCCUUCCAUUGAGAUCACCGUGGAGAAUAACAGUGAGGGGAGUGAGGGGAACCUCUCACCUAUCAAGGAUGAUGUUUACUAUACCAGUGUAGCCCACCGCAGGACAUGGCCCCCACAGCGAACAGAGCACCAAUAUGAUGGUUAUGGAGGACGGGACCGGCGGUCUCCAGACUACUAUGAGUCAGAGCCAGAGGACUUGUCCCGAAUCUUUGUGGCCAUGUUUGACUAUGACCCCCUGUCAAUGUCUCCUAACCCUGAUGCUGCUGUGGAAGAGCUUCCCUUCAAGGAGGGCCAGAUCAUAAAGGUGUUCGGAGAGAAGGACACAGAUGGAUUCUAUAGGGCAGAGAUCUGCGGUCGCAGGGGGCUCGUCCCCUGUAACAUGGUCUCAGAGAUCCAGACAGAUGAUGAUGAAAUGGUGGACCAGCUGCUCAAACAGGGGUUUCUUCCUCUCAACACGCCCAUUGAGAAAAUAGUAAACUGUAAUAGGUUCAAAGAUGGCCGUUCAGUUAAUCGCAGGUCCCGGAAAUCCAAGAGAGAGAGGAACAAAAGGAGUGGAAGGCAGCACCAGGUGUCGACCCGGAGGAUGGUGGCCUUGUAUGACUAUGACCCCAGAGAGAGCUCUCCUAACCUGGAUGUGGAGGCCCACUAUGGGGGCAGCUUGCAGAGUGAGGAGGCUGAGCUGACGUUUUGUGCAGGUGAUGUGAUCACAGUUUUUGGAGAGAUCGACGAGGAUGGCUUUUAUUAUGGGGAGCUCAAUGGACACAAGGGUCUGGUCCCCUCCAACUUUCUCGAAGAAGUGCCUGAUGACGUGGAGGUUUACCUCACCAACACCCCGAGCCGUCACCCCCAGGACCACCCGUCCCGGACAAAGAACAAAAGGGUUCCCGUGGAAAAAGCGGGUCCUCCCAGAAGAAGUGCCCCCCCCACAGUACGCCUACACAUCCCGGGGUCCGGCAAACCCACCCGGCGCCCCCGAGCUGACUCUAAGAAAACAGGACUGCUCUCCAAAGGAAAGAAUCUGUUAAAAAGGCUUGGUGCUGUCAAGUAGUUUCACAUUACUCUUUUCACAGCAGCUGGGAUAAGGAGAUUGGAAUUGCGGAGAAAUGACCUUAGAAGGUGGGAAAAAGAACAUUUCUCCCAUCUUCUGUUUCUGUAAUCACAUGGAUUGGCCACGGAAAAGAGAAAAGGAAAUGGAGGAAACUAGGGCUUUCAUGACCACAACUUCAGCUUUAUGCCAAUGAAACUCUUCUGCAAGUUCUGUCUGCCCAUGUUUGAUUCUUAAAAGCACAGAAACGCUCACUAAAUGUGACUUACUAAAAUAUUGUGUUAUAGAUGUACAAUACAAGGGAUGUUCCCAGAUAAUGAAAUAAAAUCUAUAUUUAUUUAAUUAGAAGAAUAUUGAAUUGUAUUCAUUUGAAUGGAUACUCAAUUUAUUGUUGUUUAAUAAAUCUGUUAAAUAUUUAAUAAUAAUAAUAAUAAUAAUAAUAAUUUUCAUUAUAAUAAUUGAAUAUCUCUUAAAUUUAUUAAAAUGUCAUAUUGCAAUUUAACAAAUAUUCAGUAAUAAUAAUAAUUAUUAUUAUUAGACUAUAUUUUUGGCACAUUUUUCAUCUAGACCUGUUGUUCUUAGAGAAUAACCUAAUAAUGUAGCACAAAGUUUUAGGAGUUGAAAUGUGAUGAAAUUUAGGUUUUGCAGUGACUAGACAUGGCCUAUAUUUCUACAAAUACCUUGAGGGAAAACAGUGUGUUCUGCCACUUUUGACAGGAGUAUUUUUGUUUUUUUGAAAGCACUGACAGGUAAUGAAACACCUAGUGAAAGUGCGCCUCCUCAUAUUUGCCUUAUUCAGUGCACAAUGGUUUGUGUUGUGUCCAGUCAGUUGGGUGAGAUUUGUCUGUGUCGUAUGCAGUCAUGUCGAUGCUUUCCUUCUAAUAGAAAAAGUGUAUUUCAAAUCUGUCUGACCAAGUGUUUUUUAUUUUAUUUAUUUAUUUAUUUUUUAAUGGGUGUCAAAAUUAGACGAGGGAUUCUAACUUUGUUUAAACACUUUGAAAAGAGCACAUGUCUGUUUAAAUGCUUCAGAAAUCCAUUCACGUGUAAAUUGUGCAGCUGAAUGCAACAAUUUGCAUAAGAAUGUUUUUAUUUAUGAUUUACACAGAAGCAGGCCCUUAAUUUCCACUUUUAGCACAACUUAUUCAUAGUUUUGCAUAAAUCAGUUUUUGUUGUUGACUCACUGAUGCCUCUCCCAGCAUUCAAAUCAUUCGAAUAACAUGAUGCACAUAUUCUGUACUUGAUAAGGAUGAAGGAAAUAGGCAGUUGCGAAUGUAUGGCCAAGGAAAACCUUUGCAGAAACAUUUCUAACAGUUAUUCCGUCUCAAAUAUGUGAUCCAUUUCAUUCAGUCUGUACUGUAUUUCUUCUCCAUACAUUGUUCAUCAUGUUUUGUUUGUCACUUCACCCCUUCAUUCUGUCCUGAACGAAACAUAAUAAAAGUAGGUUUGCAAGGAUGGACCGAGACUGCCAAAAAACAGGAAUGUAUGGGAAACAUUCUAUAUAUCUUCCACAAUUUUCAGCCAAAAUUCCAGGCAUGUGAAUUGAUCAGAAUAACUGUUUUGUUUUUCUCCCCGGAAUCAUUUAAUCAUAAGAUCUGUUACAGAGCAUUGCUUCUACAUGUUUGAGUGACUGCUGCUCUUUUUGUACUUUUUGGUCCAUUUGUACAUUCUUUUUAAAUGUUUAUACUUGCUUUUCAGACUGCCUUUUUUCUACAUUAAACUUUAUAAUCUGACAGUGCAAGCUUUUCCUCAUGGUGUCUUCAAACCGUAAUGUUUUAAAGUCUGCAAUUGUGUGCUAGCUUUAUGAAAAAGAAUUAUAAGCCUAUAUUGAUGAUUAUCAAAUAUUGUGUGUGUGCAUGUGCAGUUUUAUAUCAGAAUAAAUUUGAUAUUUUAUACA